UUAAAAAUUUCUUAAAUAAAGCUACAUUUGUUGGAGGAUCUUUCGACUAAAAUAAUAUAAAGGAUGUCAAACUUGGGACAAUUUGACUCUGACUUUUAUCAAUCUAAUUAUAACAUUGAAAAUCAAGAGCAGAGUUAUAGUGAUUCUAAUGCCUAUGGAAAUCUUUAUGGAUCUAGAAAACAACAAACCAGUGAGCAGACUCAGCCUGCCUUCGUCCCACCAGAGAUGCUCGUGUCAUCAAGUUAUGCGGGACAAUUAUUUCAGCCAGCAUCCAACCAGGAUUAUUAUUCACCAUCUUCUUACAUUGACAGUUUUGAUGAAGAGCCUCCUUUACUAGAAGAACUUGGAAUUAAUUUUGAUCACAUACGGCAAAAAACCUUGACAGUGUUAAACCCACUGAAGCCAGCAGAUGGCAGCAUUAUGAAUGAAACAGACCUCACUGGGCCCAUCCUGUUCUGUGGGGUCCUAGGAGCUUCCCUACUUCUGGCAGGAAAAGUCCAGUUUGGUUACGUGUAUGGCACGAGUGCCAUUGGCUGCUUAGGGAUUCACGCCUUACUAAACUUGAUGAGCUCUUCAGGGGUGUCCUAUGGCUGCGUGGCGAGUGUUCUGGGUUACUGCCUGAUCCCCAUGAUCAUCCUGUCUAGCUGUGCCAUCUUCUUUUCACUGCAGGGCACCUUUGGAACUGUGUCAGCACUGGUCAUCAUUGGCUGGUGUAGUCUCUCAGCCUCCAAAAUUUUCACUUCAGCCUUGGCCAUGGAAGGGCAGCAGCUUCUCAUUGCCUACCCUUGCGCCUUACUUUAUGGACUUUUUGCCCUCUUAACAGUUUUCUGA